AUGAAGAUCCUGUACCUGCUCUUUGCCGUCUUCCUCUUGUUGGUGCAGGGUGCUGCAGGAAGCACACUUGGAUGCUCUCAGAGAGGGGGCUACUGCACUUUCGGGCGCUGCCGUUACCCUGCAAGGUCUAUUGGAAGAUGUUCAGUGUUCCGCUCAUGCUGCAGAAG